UCCACCUAUCGUGAUGUCAUGCGGCGAAAUACGUGAUUACCUCCCCAUCAACUGAGUAGUCUCUUAAAACAGAGUUACGUUGUUUUGUGGAAAUUCCACGUGAACAAACUGAAAGGAUAUAAAAUUAUACUGUUUUAUAAUAUAAUUGGAGAUGCCUCCCCCUGACAGAUGGACAGACUAUCGACCUCUGGGAUCUGUGAUUCCUGGAACAAAGUUUAUUGCAUUUAAAGUACCGCUUAAGGAGGCAUUGUGCAGGAAUCUAUCAGCUGAUGAAAGAUUUUCUCCGUCAAGGUUAAUACAAAUAUUGAAAGAGUCAGGUCAGGACCUUGGACUUGUGGUGGAUCUCACAUUCACUUCCAAGUACUAUAAUGGAAAGGAGUUUAGUAAAAAGUCUAUCGACUACGAGAAGAUCUUCACUGCUGGUCAUGAAAUUCCUAGUGAAAAAGUAUUCCAAAGGUUUGAAGAAAUAGUCAGUGAUUUCUGUGCAAAGAAUGCAGACAACAAUAUUUUGAUUGGAAUUCAUUGUACACAUGGUGUGAACCGAACAGGGUACCUUGUAUGCAGGUACAUGAUUGAAAAGUUGAAUUUCCAGCCUGAUGAUGCAAUAUCCAAAUUUAAUGAAGCAAGAGGACAUCCAAUAGAGCGAGAAAAUUAUCUUGAAGACCUGAGAAAACGUCCAUUCGAAAGACCCCUGAAGAGCCUCAAAAUUCCCCUCCAUCUUCUCCAGAGAGGAAAAAGUGGAAGCCAAGACACAAGAAAAGGAAAAUGGAGAAAUCAACAGAUUUGUUUGAAGAAACACAGCCUGCUGAGAGCCGUGAAUAUUUUGGCAGUUCCAAGAUGGCUAGGUCAGAAACCAGUAUUAGGGAGCAGAGGAAGGAGCAUUACCAGGAUGGCCAUGGUCACAGCUCCAGAUAUACGAGUCAUGUAUCACCACUGGAAGUUGUGGAAUCACCAGAAAUGUUCUGGAGAGGUUGCUGGCGUGCAGGCUGGGUAUCACAAAUACAAGGGAAUAGACAUUUGGGAUUUAAUAGGCUACAACCCAUGUUCAACCCUCCACUGAGAAUGUCUGCUUCUAGAUGGGGUGAAGAUAAUGGUAGAUCUGAAAUUUCCUAUCAUAAAAAUUCGUACAGCUAUGGUUCUCAUGAAGAGAUUACACGCAGUUCUGGUUACUGGAGAAGAUAUGAUAACCAACAAAUAUGUCCACCCUGGAUUCCUCCAGGCAAUAUAAGGUAUUUAAAUUCUCAAGACAGAAGACCCACUCAUUCUGAACAGAGAGGAUAUCAGGCCAAAGAUCAUCACUUUCCUGUGAAUCAUCGACAGCCUACCAGCUGACUAGCUGUGGGGUUGCGUCGUGGUCUUUGUUUUGUCACACUACGUUUUAUGCGACUUGCUCUAUAUAUUCUGACACUCAAAUUUUGAACAAUGUAUAUAAAUGUUACAACACUGAUCAUUUUUACCCCUUGUGCACAAAAACUGUUCAAAUGCUGUAAGAAGACAAAAAUGAUUUAUUAUAAUGUAAAUGUUUUAAUUGCAAUAUCGUGGUGAUGAGAUUGAAGUAUUGUGCUGGGUUUAAAAAAAUCUUUAAGUUUAGUUUAAUCCUUUUACUCCUUGAGGAGAAUAGGGCCGCAACAACACUUCACCAGUGGACCGUUUUGAGCAGUACCCCUCAGUUGGGCCCAUGUGGUUCUGACAUUCUUUGCCUCACUCUCUUUCCAAGACUGCUUUGGUCUCCCAACUCUCCUUUCCCCUGAGGGUUCCAGUCAAAUGAUAGCCUGGCAAUGGUG